AUGGAAAUCCCAGACCGUCCCGUGAGCUUCGUGCCCGCCAAAGCAGGCGAUGUGCUCACCCUAGGAACGAUGACACUACGGGUGAUGGAAGAUGGAUCGAACACGGACAUGCGCCUCAGCAGCGUCGAACUCAUUGUGCCCCCAAACACGCGCGGACCACCACCACACUGGCACGAAAUGCACGACGAAACCUUCCUAAUCACCAAGGGCACAAUACGCUUCCACAUACCUCCAGCUGGGCCAGACGGAAAACGAAAACCGGCCGAAAUCAUAGACGCACAAGCUGGCGAUUAUGUGGUUGUGCCGACUAGAAGUCCGCAUACAUUCUCGAAUCCGACGGAUGCUGAGGCACGGUUUUUCAACACUUUUACGCCCGCCUUCUAUAUCAAUUACUUCAAGUUAUUGGCGGAGUUGAGUGACGAAGCGAGGCCGCUUACAAAGGAGGCAAAUCAGCGGGCUAUGGCUUACUAUGCUACGUUGCCGGUGCCCGAGAUGUGA